AUGGCGGAGGAAGCUGUAUUAGGUUAUCUGGAGGAGAAUGAAGAGAUAUCGGAUUCGGGAAAAUUCUCCGAGGAAAAGGGAAUCAGUCACGAUGAGAUCGUCAAUGUCAUCAAGAGCCUCAACGGUUUCCGACUCGUCGACGCGCAAGACAUUAAGAGAGAAAGAUGGGGGCUCACCAAGGAGGGGGAAAUGUAUGCUGAGGCAGGAUCUCCUGAAGCCCAACUCUUUUUAGCUAUACCACCAGAGGGUAUAACACGGGAAGAGUUGCAGAAAAAGUUGGAUCCCUCAAUUUUCAAAAUAGGUUGCCAGCAGGCCAUAAAGAACAAAUGGAUAGAGAUGGGUAAAUCACAGGUGUCCAGGAAGGUACAACAUGUUGAUGACAGAGUGAGAGAUUUGCUCGUGCAGAUUCAAAAUGGGGAGGCAGUGAAUGCUGAGGAUGUUGAUGCUCUCAAAAAAAGAAAGCUUAUUACUCCACUGAUAUGGAAAGGCUAUUCAGUUAAAAAGGGUCCUAAAUAUGCUCCAAAAAGGAAAAAGGUGGCUACUGAUCUAACUCGAGAGAAUCUGCUAAGGGGAGAUUGGAGGGAGCUAGAGUUUAAAGAGUACAACUUCCUUGCGAAGGGCCAGCCAACUGAAGGUGGCUGUCUCCACCCAUUACUCAAGGUGCGGCGUCAAAUGCAGAUGAUAUUUCUUCAGAUGGGGUUUGAAGAGAUGCCAACUAACAAUUUUAUUGAAAGCAGCUUCUGGAACUUUGAUGCACUGUUCCAGCCUCAACAACACCCAGCUCGUGAUUCGCAUGAUACAUUCUUUUUGAAAGAGCCUUCUACUACAAAAAUGCUUCCUGAGGAUUAUGUUGAGCGGGUGAAGGGAGUUCAUGAAUCUGGUGGUUAUGGGUCCAGGGGGUAUGGGUAUGAAUGGAAGAGGGAAGAAGCAAACAAGAAUCUUCUGCGGACUCAUACUACUGCCGUUUCCACCAGGAUGCUGUAUGCACUUGCACAGGACUUUGCUCCCAAAAAGUACUAUUCAAUAGAUCGUGUUUUCAGGAAUGAAGCCGUGGAUCGAACACAUCUUGCAGAGUUCCACCAGAUAGAAGGUUUAAUUUGCGAUCGUGGGCUUACUCUUGGACAUUUGAUAGGCGUUCUCGAAGAUUUCUUCUCUCGUCUGGGAAUGUCCAAGCUUAAAUUCAAGCCUGCUUACAAUCCAUAUACUGAACCCAGCAUGGAAAUCUUCAGUUAUCAUGAAGGUUUACGGAAAUGGGUCGAAAUUGGAAACUCUGGAAUGUUCAGACCUGAAAUGCUGCUUCCCAUGGGGCUUCCUGAAGAUGUUCAGGUUAUUGCAUGGGGUCUUUCCCUUGAAAGACCCACUAUGAUACUUUAUGGGAUCGACAACAUCAGAGAUCUCUUCGGACACAAGGUGGAUCUUGGUCUCAUUAAGAGAAACCCAUUAUGCCGCCUUGGUCUUUAA